UAUGGUAUAAAACUAAUUUGAUCCCUCAUUUUUUCAGAAUUCCUUUGCUGCUAUGCAUACUUUUAUUCUUCUCUUGACAGUCUUGUGCGCUGGAGCUUAUACUCAAUUCACAGCCAACGGACAAGCAGCUAUCCUUAAUGUCCAUAAUACUCUUCGAUCAAGAAUUGCUAAGGGAACAUACGUAGCAAGGGGUACCGUAAAGCAUGCGGCAAGUGACAUGCUUAAGAUGAAAUGGCUCAGAUCACUCGCUACAUCUUCUCAAAUCUACGCUAACCGGUGCCCAACGGGUCAUUCGAAUAUGAUUGGAGUUGGAGAAAACCUCUACUGGUACUGGACUUCUGGAACCAUCACCAACAUUGAUCAGUUUGGAGCAAUGGCUUCUGCUGCCUGGGAGAAGGAGUUCCAGGACUAUGGAUGGAGCUCAAACACCCUUACCAUGUCGUUGUUCAACUCAGGAGUCGGACAUGCUACCCAAAUGGCUUGGGCAAAGACGAAUUUGAUUGGAUGUGGAGUGAAGAAUUGUGGAAUGGAUACCAAUGGGAUGAAUAAAGUCGCUGUUGUCUGUCACUACCAGCCACAAGGAAACUACUUGAACCAAAACAUCUACACAUCUGGAACCACCUGCUCCAAAUGCCCAGCUGGAACGUCGUGCGAGGCCGCUACCGGACUUUGCGUCUAAUUAUUCUGUUUUUUGUAGAUUAUUUGCAUAAUAAACUGUAUGUAGAAGUUGAAACUGCAA